AUGAAACUUAUAGUUUGCAAUGAACUUCAAAGUAUAGAUACAACAAAAGUUUUGAACUCAGAUGCUUUGAAGAGUCUUAUAACAGACAAAGUUGGAGUUGUUGAAAGAAAGUAUAAAGACCAAAGAGUUUGUGAAAAUGUUGCAAACUUCAUUAUGGUUUCAAACAAUGCUGUUCCGAUGAAGUUAGAAAGUUCUGACAGAAGAUAUGUAGUUGUCAGAACGUCAGAAGCUCAUAUGCAAGAUACAGAAUAUUUUGACGACUUAGCAGAAACUUUGACAUCUGACUUUUACAACCACUUGUUCUCAUAUUUUAUGACAUUAGAUAUUUCAAAGUUCAAUCCAAGACAAAUUCCACAUACCGAAGAGAGACAAACAUUGUUAGAAGCAAACAAGAGUGUAUAUGAACUGUUCAUAGAUGAAACUGACUUUGAGUGUUUAGAUGAAAGGUCAUUGUACGAUUCGUAUAAACAAUAUUGUCAAGAAUAUGGUUAUAUGACAGCGUCUAAACGAACAUUCUUGGCAAAUGUCAAAAGUCUUUUAGACGUACAGAAAGGUGUAUAUACAAAGAAAAAUUUUUAUGAGUAA